AUGCUACUAAAAUUUUCGUUAAUUAUUUUUCUCCAAUUAUUUCCUCAUUAUUCUUUGGCAAUUCAAUGCUAUCAAUGCAACUCUUUGACAACUUCAGAUUGCGAAAAAAAUUAUGAAAAAUUUGGAAAAAUUUGUCGAUCGAAAACUAUUCAAGGUCGAAAUUUUGAGGCAAUUGGUUGUCGAGAAAUUAAACAAUAUGUUGAUGGUUAGAUAAUUUUGAAAUUUUAGACGACACAUUUUUUCAUAGAUCAUUAUUCAAUCGAUAGAAGUUGUGCCUAUUUGGGAGAAAAUGAGGAACAAAAAAUCGAAUAA